AGGAAAGUUUAAAAUCAAAACUCUACAGUGUUAUCAUUACUUAGGAAAUCAUUGCUGUAUUUUCUUGGUUGUAGUAGAAAUGUGGCCAGUCUUUAAAUGAACAUUUCCAAGUGAAGAGGAAUUUUAUGUCACCCACAGAUAAUGUAUUCUCAGGUUCCUUCCCACAGGAAUCUAACCUUUGAAAACUAGCAGCCUCAACAUUAGUCUAUCGUAGAGGUUCUUGGGAUUUUAUUUUUCUUUCAAUGUUGUAGAACAAACCUGUAACUUAAUGGUCCUUUGAAGGUUAUCAGGAAGACAUGACCCAUGUGAUCCUGAGUUAAUUUAUAUGUGUUUUUGUGUUAUAGUUCAUUUAAGCAAUUACUCUUAUCAUUAUGCAUGCUCCUGGACAAAUACCUUAACUUCUUUGAACCUGUUUUGAAGGAGGAUUAUAGUGAAGAUUAAAUGAGAAUAUAUUUUCAGAUUUAUUUAUUGUAUGCGCAUAAGUGUGUAUUUGUGUGUGUGUGGGUUUAGUGCCUUCAAAGGCCAGCAAAGAAUAUCAGAUCCCCUGAAACACAUUACAGAUGAUUAUGAUCCACUAUAUGAGUACUGGGAACUGAGCCUGGGUCUUCUGUGAGAGGAGCAAUACUCUUAACCACCAUGCCAUGUCUCUAGGCUUGAGACUAUAUUUUAAGCAUCUGGCACUAAGCCUGAUAUAACUGUUGUUCAUAGUAGAUUUAAGAAAAAUUUUAAAGAUUUUUUAUUCGUAUGAAUGUCUGACAGUAUGUAUGUACCACAUGUAUAUACAUACAUGUGUGUAUCGCAAGUACACCUGGUGUGUGCAAAGGUUGGAAAAGGAUGUCAGAUCCCCCAAAACUGGAGUUACUAAUGAUUAUGUGGGGGCUGGGAACUGAACUAAAGACGUCUACAAUGGCAAAAGUGUUCUCAACUACCGAGCCAUCUGCUCGUCCUCAUGGCAGCUAUUUUAAAUAUUACAUUUAUUGGUAACUUUCAACGUUUUAUUUAUUGGGUGGUGCCUAUUUCAUCCUUACAGUGACAAAGGAGAAAUGGUGUAAUGAGACUAGCUGGAGCUCACCUCGUCAGCGCUGAGUUGCUGGAGUAGAAACCUCGAUGUUUACCAGAAAUGUUUAACUUGCAUCUAAUCAUGAGGAAAUAAUUAAACACAUCCAAGUUGUGGAAUGCACUAUACACAGGGCCCGCUUGUGAUCUUCACCACAUCAUGAAUGAUUCAUGGAAUAGAAUGAAAGCUGUGUAAAUGAGUAUGGAAGAUUAUGAUUUCCUGUUCAAAAUUGUUUUAAUUGGCAACGCUGGAGUGGGAAAGACGUGCCUAGUCCGAAGAUUCACUCAGGGUCUUUUCCCCCCAGGUCAAGGAGCCACAAUUGGAGUUGAUUUUAUGAUUAAGACAGUGGAGAUUAAUGGUGAAAAAGUGAAGUUACAGAUCUGGGACACCGCAGGUCAAGAGAGAUUUCGCUCCAUCACUCAAAGUUACUACCGAAGCGCCAAUGCCUUGAUCCUUACCUAUGACAUCACCUGUGAGGAAUCCUUCCGCUGCCUUCCUGAGUGGUUGCGGGAGAUAGAACAGUAUGCUAGCAAUAAAGUCAUCACUGUGUUAGUAGGUAACAAGAUUGACCUGGCUGAAAGGAGAGAGGUCUCCCAACAGAGAGCAGAAGAGUUCUCAGAGGCUCAGGACAUGUAUUACCUGGAGACUUCAGCCAAGGAAUCCGACAAUGUGGAGAAACUCUUNCUUGACUUAGCAUGCCGACUCAUCAGCGAAGCAAGACAGAACACACUGGUGAACAAUGUAUCGUCCCCCUUACCCGGAGAGGGGAAAAGCAUCAGCUAUUUGACUUGUUGUAAUUUCAACUAAAGGCUGAGGCAAAGAGAAUCAAAGGGAAUCAGUAGUUGCCUUGGUGGGCCUUACGUUGCUAGGGAAUCUGGCAAUGACUAUGGCUCCCGCUCUUGGACCUUCUGACUCCUGUAGGCUCCAGAGCUUACNAAGCAUGCAGGCCAAGGGCCUUGACUGCAGGCCAGCAUUAGCAGAACACAUAAUGGUUUCACCCUUUUGCAGUCUGGNGUUGGAGCAAGGAGAAAAUUGCACUAAGCGCUCCAUGAUCUGCAGAGCAUGUUGCUUUUGUUUUUAAAAAAGCAAGUAAAAAUGCAUUCCUGAACACAGAGCAGGGGAUCNUGUACUGUAGGAAUCCUUCUGUGUGUCAGCGGGUGCAUGAGGGGCUGUUCUUUAGGCUUCAGUGGUAAUCUGGUGCCCAUGGAUUUCUUGACUACCAGGUAAACCAAAACUGGAAAGGCCAAGUACUGUCUCUGUAUACNUAUUGAGGACCCCAUGGAGAUUUUGAAAAGUGUUAUUUCUUUUGUCCACAAGCACUUUCAAAACCUUUGGGAUAUNAAAAUGGGAACUCUUCUCACGACCAACAGUAAAAAUUAUUGUUUAACAAUAUAUACAAGCUCCAUGACUCUUUUUGGUGCUAAUGAUUAUGCUAUUUCACAGACCAAACGUUUUAGUACAUUGAUACCCUUAGAUGUAUUACCUAAAAAUAAAAAGAGAAUGGGGGAAAUCCAUGAGUCAGCAGUCUUUUUCAGUCUCAUUACCACCAUUUCUAGGAUGGGUUUGGAUAUGAGAAGCCCUUCUUCUUUCAUAUUCUCCUUGAAAUUUAUUAACAUUCUUCUAUUCUUUCACACUUAUCCUGCCCUUAAGGUAAAUCAAAGUAUUAAAAAAUGGGGAAAAUUAUAAAUUAUGACACUCUAAUAAAGAAGACUAGUUGUAGGACAUGUUGGGUAGCAUGAGAAAACAGAGCAGAUAUGACCAAAAUACUGUGGACUAUGGACUGACUGCAGGGCAGACUUCCGACAGAGUGUAGCUCUCUCUAACAGGUCACGCCUUUUCCUUUCGGGAACUAGCCUUGGAGAGACCAAGGUUUAGGAUUUUGUAGACAUUUUUAGUAUAAUAAGUGAGAAUAGCAAGAGAUGAAAAGUCUCACAAACCAUUUUUGUAUCUUCAAUAAACUUAGGAAAGUGUGCUCAGGAAGCAGGCUGAGCUGUCCUUUAUUAAUAUUAAUAUUGAUCUCAGAUUCAUCACCAUACAUUUCUUUCCCCUUUAUCUUUUCUUUUCCCUAGUCUCCCCCUGUAGUGUUCCUUUCCCCAUUCCUUCUUUUUCUCUUUCCUUCCCAUACUGGUAUGCAUGUGUUGCUCGACUUCUCCAAUUCCGAUGGAGGUAUAUAUGCCUUUACUUAGCCAAUUUUACAACAGGACUCAAAUUGGGAGAUGUGCUGCUGAAUGAGUUCCUGUUUCUUCAGUGCCAUGGUUUGAUACCUUCCAAUUUGUUCACUGUCAUAACUGCAAAUACGACAGUAAUUAAGUCUGUGUGCUCUUGGUGUUGCAAGAUGUUGCUGAAGCUUGCUGUAUAGCAUAACUAAGUAUGAAUCACUGACUGAAGAUAUGACAUGUAAUUCCGCUGUCGGUAUUGAUGGUGACAAUCUUGGACCUGACAUGUCACUCUUGGAAAGCUACUGAAUUAUAAAGCAAUGAGUCAACAGGGCAGGAUAUUGAUAACACAUUUCUAGCAUUUCUAACAGAUUCCAGAAUGUCCAAUCUUUUUCACCUGUGACUGCAUGUAUUAUUACCAGUCAUUGGUAUUGAUUGGCUCACUGUGCUCUUCUUGAUUUCAUAGGAAAGAAAAAAGCUUCCUACAAGUUUGAACUGUCUUUCCUUUAUAUAGGAAGGGGAAAUAAAUCACUUUCAUGGAAAUCAAAAUCAUCUAUAAUUACCUUUGCUUAAUAGCCAGCAACCAAAGGCAUCAGAAGAUAAACUAAUCAAAGUUACAGAAAAAUGUAUCUUUCUACUGUGAAUGUCCCUAAAUUUAGAUUUAUUACUUUUCUUUAUGGCAAAAUUCUGAUCUCCCCAGCAUAAGAUGACUCAGCCUUGUCUCACAGCACUGUGUUAAAAAUAACGUUGCUUUGUGAACUUUAAGGGCUUUGUUAGAUUGGACUAAUUUAGCUCCAGAAUAACAGCUUUUGGGGUCACAUUUAUGUUAUUUUAUUCUCAUUCCUUUGGGCUUAUAGCACCCCCAUCUGUCCCUUCGAGUUCAGAAGCAGCUCAGAGAGCUCUGCCGCAGGUCCAUCUCCCCCUGGGUCUCUGAGUCUUUGAGUAAAUCAUAGUCACCAAUCUUUGGCCUAUUAGUGUGGACACUUGAGAAGCUGGGCCCUUCGUUCCACAGUUCUGUGAAUUUAAGAUCAGGCCAUUGGGAUAUUUGUUCAGCGAUAUAUCUCAAGUUUGAGAACAAUCCAUGACAAUACUGUAGGUGCAAUAAAUACCAGUUGAAUAAAUGAUUCAGUGCCAAGAGUUUUGUUUGAUUGUUACUUUAAAGUGAAAGUCCUUAAAGUGGUUCUUGAGAAAGAAUCAUUUCAAUCUAGGGCAGGACAUAAAUAUUAUUUUGCCUAAUAAUUCUUAUUGCCAGGGCAAUAUUUGCUCAGAUAAGCCUCCUUUACAUAAAAUUAUUCAGUGGUGAAAAAAAAAACCCAAGUUUUGGUUUAUUGUAAUGUCAGCUCAUCCUGACAAGGCCAUCGCUCCUUCCAUUUGUAGUAUGACAUUUUUUUUUACUUUUUAAUAAAAUUAUUAAAUAUGUGGCCGCCGUUUCAAUUUCCAAUGAAAAUACAUGUUCAGGUUAUAGAGUCAUGCUUGGAAAGGAUCUGUGGGAUCAUAGUUUUCUGAUAGACUGUGUCCUCAAAGAACUUAGUGGUUUCUCCUUUCCUACACAGAGCUGUGUUCCUUUGUAUCUUUCAUUAGAUCUGUUGGAUUAUAUUAAUAUUUAAUUACAUAGUGCCAAUCAUGGUUUGUGUGGACUUCAAAAGUUACAUCAUUGGCUUUUGCUGGCUUUCAUCCCCUCUCCCCACCCAUAGUUUAGUCAUUUUUUUAUGUCAGCAUCUUUCCCUAACUAAAAAUGAAACUGAAGUGUAUUAGCAUUAUAGUAUGUCAGGUUUUGAUUUUGAAAUUAUUAAGAAACCACUGACCAAAACAAGAUGUCUGGACUAGUAUGAUUGAAAGCAGUGAGGCUUGAUGGAGGGAGGAAGGAAGCAGAAUCUUUCUCUUCUCUUCAUCAAAGUGUACCUAGAAGGACCCUAGUGACUCCCGGUGUUAGAGCAGGGACUUGCCAGUCUACUCUUUGAGCUAGCCCACAGCAUCAGCUUCACUUAGACUAAUUCUGAACAAACAGCUGCAAAUCAUUUCGAACUUGAUUUUUACCCCCAGGUGUCAUACCCGUGGCCUUAAAAACAGGGAAAGUUCUGAGUCUUAGUCCUGCAGAAUGUUCUGCAUCUCAUGGCCGGAAGUACUUGUUAGGGAUCACGUUCUUACUAGUUUCUGAAAGAAGUUGUAGCUUUGUUUUGUUUUUUAAAGAAUUUUUAACAGCGACGGUUUCAUUUCUUCCUUCAACCAUGGUCUUGACAGGUGUGUUUCACAUCUCAUUCUCUGACAAGAUGUAUUCCACAUAAGCAAUUAUUGUUAAACACUAAAUGAAGAAGAUAGAUGUUGGGAUUUUUGUUCCUGUGGCACGAGAUUAUGUUUGAAAAGAAAGCUGCCUUUCCCUUAUACUGUACAUACAGGCAAUUAAUGGUAGUUAAUGAUAGUAUCCCUUCAGGUCAGUCAUUACUAUUGAGUAAUAUAGAUGGUUCCUCACCUCCUUCCUAAAUCACAGGAUGUUCAUGCUAUAAUUACUCUGGGGAGACACUGUCUUUUACUUUUUAUCUUUAUCUUUUUUUUUUUUU